CAACAACAAGAACAACAGAGCUGGUUGCUUUUUCUUUACACCACUGGAAACACUUGAAUUGGGGCGACCGCACACGGGGCAGGUGGAAAUCAGGCACUCAACAAUACCAAAGCACAUCAGAACCCAAACAAUAUGGGAAACACAGAUUCAAAGUUGAACUUUCGCAAGGCAAUUGUGCAGCUGACGCAAAAGAAUCAGAAAAUCGACCCCAGUGAUGAGCAAUUCUGGGAGCAGUUCUGGCAAGGCCAUCAAACAACUCUUGAGGAUGUGUUCGCUUUGGUUACAUCGAAUGAAAUUCGACAAAUAAGGAACGAUAACCCAGCCAACUUGGCCACUCUGUGCUAUAAGGCUGUCGAGAAACUGGCCCAGGCGGUGGACAGCAGCUGCCGCACUCAGGCAGAGCAACAGUGCGUUUUGAACUGUGUGCGCCUUCUGAUCAGAUGUUUGCCAUACAUCUUUGAGGAUGAUAAAUGGCGCGAUUUCUUCUGGAGCAGUUUGCCGUCCCAGGAAAAGACAAUGCCUUUGGCCCAGUCAUUACUGAAUGCCAUUUGCGAUUUACUCUUCUGUCCAGAUUUCACUGUUACAUCGGCUCGUCGCGCGGGUCCGGAGAAGGCCGAGGAACUCGCCAAUAUUGAUAGCUGCGAAUAUAUUUGGGAGGCAGGAGUGGGAUUCGCCCAGUCCCCACCUCACAAUGCCCACAUGGAGCGCCGGCGCACGGAGCUAUUGAAGCUGCUUCUCACUUGUUUCUCAGAGCCGAUGUAUCGCUCGCCUCAACAAUCCGAGGAGCCCAACAAAUGGAUAGCCUACUUCACCUCGGCCGACAAUCGUCAUGCCCUGCCUCUCUUUACGUCAUUCUUAAACACAGUAUGUUCGUAUGAUCCAGUUGGAUAUGGCGUACCCUACAACCACCUGAUCUUUGCGGACACCACGGAGCCCUUGGUCGAGGCUUGUCUGCAACUCCUUAUUGUCACGUUGGACCAUGACAUGGUGGUGCAGCAACAGCUCACCCAGCCUGGACAGCACUCCUAUGACGAAGGAAACUGCGGGGACAAUUUGUUCAUCAAUUAUCUGUCGCGUGUCCAUCGGGAUGAGGAUUUCCAUUUUAUCCUCAAGGGCAUAACUCGUCUGUUAAAUAAUCCCCUGGUUCAAAACUAUUUACCCAAUUCCACAAAGCGUUUGCAUUGUCAUCAGGAGCUGCUCAUUUUGUUCUGGAAGAUAUGCGACUACAACAAAAAGUUUUUGUAUUUCGUUCUGAAGAGUUCAGAUGUUUUAGACAUACUCAUUCCCAUAUUGUAUCACUUGAACUACUCUCGGGCGGACCAAUCCCGCGUAGGCCUGAUGCACAUAGGAGUAUUCAUACUACUGCUGUUGUCAGGGGAGCGAAACUUUGGUGUUCGCCUAAAUAAGGCUUACUCCGCCACUGUACCGAUGGACAUUCCGGUCUUCACCGGAACUCAUGCGGAUUUGCUCAUCACAGUGUUUCACAAAAUCAUUGCAACUGGCCAUCAGCGCCUGCAGCCGCUGUUCGAUUGUCUGCUGACUAUUUUGGUGAAUGUUUCACCGUACUUGAAGACCCUUUCGAUGGUGGCCAGUGUGAAGCUCCUGCAUCUUCUCGAGGCCUUCAGCACGCCUUGGUUUCUGUUAUCAGCGCCAAGCAAUCAUCAUUUGGUGUUCUUCUUGCUGGAGAUCUUUAACAACAUUAUACAGUAUCAGUUUGACGGGAAUUCGAAUCUAGUGUAUACCAUAAUACGGAAGCGUCAUGUGUUCCAUGCCAUGGCGAAUCUCCCCACAGAUAUGGCCGGGAUAGCCAAGUGUAUGAGUGGGCGCAAGGCAGGUGGAAAGUUCAAUUUGCCACGUGUACCGCAGCGGAGGAUAGCAGCUGCUUCGCAAGAGCUGCCCUCAGCCCACGUGCCGGAAGAGUAUAAUGAUGAUGAAGAUGAAGAUGAGGAGGAGGACACGAUAAAUGCGGAGCCGAAGGCUGAGGAAGAUCUUGAAUCGGAAACGGAAUCCCAUGAGCGGUCACAAAUAGAAGAGCCACAGCCAGAGAUACUAACUGCUCAACCAGCCGAGCCGGGCACUUUAAAAACAUCCUUGCUAGACACACCAGCCAUCAGUCAGAUGACUGAGCGUGAGCAGGCCCAUCCAAAUGAUAAAACGCAGACGGAAGAAUCUACUGAAAUCGUCCCGUAUGACAAGUCCCCCGUCACAACACCAACGGGUGGUCGAAAAUCUACCUCACCCACCAACCACCAGUCACGGCUAUCGGUGGCCCAUCGCAGCAGCAUUCGCAUGGUUCCCGGCGAAGGGGAUCGAUGGGCACCCACACCCGAGUGGAUUGUCUCCUGGCGCUCAAAGUUGCCGCUGCAGACGAUAAUGCGCUUGCUUCAGGUUCUGGUACCGCAGGUGGAGAAGAUAUGCAUAGACAAGGGCCUUACUGACGAAUCAGAGAUCCUUAAAUUUCUGCAACAUGGAACGCUGGUUGGCCUGUUGCCUGUUCCACAUCCCAUACUAAUACGAAAGUAUCAGGCAAACGCUGGCACCACAGCCUGGUUCCGCACUUACAUCUGGGGUGUCAUUUACCUGCGCAAUGUGGAGCCUGCCAUUUGGUAUGAUACGGAGGUCAAGCUCUUUGAGAUUCAGCGCGUCUAGGUCAGUAUCUGGAAUCACCAAUGCAAUCAAAGCGGCAACAAUGUAACUAAAACGCUUUUGGCAUUUACUGUAGUUAAAUUAUUUAGUGCAUAUAUCAUUCCGAAAGUUUAAGUGAAAAUGUCAAUGUUUAAUGAAUACCUUUUACCAUAUUGUAUGACUUCUUAUCCGUUUCAAAUUCAUCAAGAAUAUCUCCAGUAUGAGGCUUAUCAGUUGCAACAAUAUAGCGUGAGUUCUUUUUUGAGGAUAGCAUUUUGUUAAUGGCUUUUUACAUUGUUAUUUAAUUCCCUUUUUUCGUUCUCUCUCUAUCUUUUUAUCCAAAAACAUGUAUUAAUUUAUUUCAGCCGUUUAAGCAUAAAGUUUUGUGUGUUUUAGUCAUAAACUAAAUUAUGAAAUUAAUCUUUUAUUUAUUUUGUGUAAUAUGAAAAUGUUCCUUGUGCCGUAUUUUUAGUUGAUUGCUUUAAUUGCUUAAAUUAUAAUGUAUCUUGUGCGCCGCCUAUAAUUUGUAUCCAAAC